UGAAAUGUAUCGUGUCAUAAUUCAGGCGCGACGGUGUCGGCUCAUGACCAUCGCGCCGUUAUUCCUCACCGCCGAGAUCACAGUCGCAGCACGCAGACAGCGUUGAUGUUUGGAACACAGCGGAAGCGACCACUGUUGAACAGAACGUUCUGGUCCUGCUGGCCGUGGUGAAACUCUGGUUUCCGAGGCGCCCGCGAACGCACCGCCACUGGGAGCGCGCGAGCGAGAGGAAGAGGAGCAGCGGGAACAAGAUGCUCCUCUGACACGGAGGCGAUGCCCGUCAUGAGUCACGGCGCCCCCUCUCUGUGGACUCAGCUCCCCCAGAGUGGCCGCACGCCAUCUGACCGCUACAAACACGCCUGCUGUGGCUACGACGGCAGCGUCUACAUGCUGGGAGGACGAGGCAGCGGCUGCCUGAGGGACUUCUGGAAGUACAGCGUUGUCCGUAAUGAGUGGGCGGAGCUGAGCUGCGAGGGCGACGGCGCUCCAGAGGAAGUGGAGGGUCACUCCAUGGUGGCGCAUCAGGGCUUCCUCUACGUCUUCGGCGGGAUGUUGGACUCCGCCUACAGCCAGAGCCUCUGUCCGCUGUGGGUCUUUGAUGUGGCACAGCAGAAGUGGGUCGUCUGGCAGGGGAAGACCCCGCAGGCUCAGCGUCCGGGCAACAGGAAGGGCCACAGUGCUGUGGUGCUGGGCUCCAGCAUGCUGCUGUACGGGGGCCUGCUGGACAUGAGAGGCUCCUCGCAGGAGUUCUGGACUCUGGACUUGGGUGAGUCCGAGUCUGACGCAGCAGCUGAUGGAAGGGACGUGGACCAUGGCGCCGUGUGCGUGUGUGUGUGUGUUCCAGGCUCCAUGGCGUGGUCCCAGCUGGGCCCCCAGCAGGCCGCGCCGGGCCCCGGCCCCAGGCACAGCCACUCGGCGGCGGCCCACCGCGGCUGCAUGUACCUGUUCGGGGGUCUGAAGGGCCUGAGGGAGCAGAGGGACUUCUGGAGGUGGAGCUGCGUGGGCCGCACCUGGAGCGCGCUCCGAACCAAGUCAGUAUCAAAGGAUGAGCUCAUCAUUCAGCGAGUCGGGGUUUGUUCAACAUGAGUCCGUGAGGUCAGGGUCAGGGUCAGGGUCGGGGUAACCCUGACCUCUGGAGCAGCCGCUUGUUAGCUUAGCAUUAGCGAGUGGUGAUCAGGCUAACCUUAGCCAAACCGUAAAGCGCUUAAAGAGAUGGUCACCAAGUGCUGUCUGUACUACUGCAAAAUCAGGACAUGAAAAACAGUAGAAGCAUCAGUUGAAAACAGAGCAGACGCACUAGGAAAGAUCAGCUGUGCGGGUGGAGAGAAGCCAAAGAGAAGUGGGGGCACAGACUCCAGGAGCAGAGGCUCAGCGGAGGAGCGUAGCGGGUCGGAAGCUCCGCUGGCUGCUGAGGAGCGCUGGCAGAAGAACUUGCCUCUGGACAGUAACGGCCACAGCGCUCAGGUGGGUUCGAGCCAGAGCCUGUUAGCAACCCGGCUGCAGCCUCCUGGACCACACUGGCUGCACUCCAGUCGGCAGGCGGCGAGACGGACGGAGGCAGUGACACACUGAUCUGACAUUUAAAAUCACUGUCCCUCCCAAAACCAAGGUUUCCACCGCCGUCGAACGUGGUCAGACGGACGCGGUGAGCGUGUUAGCGCUUGAGUGGCGAGCCCUCGCUAACGCGGCGGCUGGUGCGCUGUCGUCGGCAGGUCGGGUCCGUCCAGGCUGGUGGGUCACGCGGCGCUGGUCCACCGGGAGCACAUGCUGGUGUUCGGGGGAGGCCCGAGCCAGAGCGCCGCCCAGAGCCGCCUGUGGAGCUUCGA